AUGUUCUCUUCAUCAUUCCGUUCAUACAGUGGUAACGGUAACAAUAAUAACAAUCGCUCAAGCUAUAAUAGCGAUACUACAACUUCGAUCAAUCCAUUUAAUUUAUCUGAUUUUCAGAAAAUUGGUAUCGGAUUGGUAUUAAUUGGUGUUUUGGCAAAUCUUUUGGGAGUUUUGUUAUUCUUUGAUAGAGGCUUUAUUGCUAUUGGAAAUAUCUCCUUUGUAUUUGGAAUUGUACUAUUGAUAGGAAUUAGACCUAGUAUUAAUUCUUUUAUAUUAUCUAAAAACAGAUUGAAAGGAACUAUUUGUUUCUUUAUUGGUUUUUUAAUUGUAAUUUAUGGUCAUGCCAUUAUUGGAACGUUAUUUGAAUUAUAUGGAUAUUAUGUUUUAUUCUUUAAUUUUAUUCCAACUAUUAUUUCAUAUUUAAGUAACAUUCCAGUAAUUGGAUCAGUAUUUGCCAUGUUUAAUUCAAAUAGUCAGAGACUACCAGAAUAG